AUGGCUAGUGAUGAAGACGAGAGGAAAUCCUCCUCCCCCGACGACCUAUCCGACGCCGACAGCACAAACAGCAGCGAUGCCGGCAGCGAUGCUGAGGAGCCACAGAAGGUGGAAUGGCUCGUCACAUCACGCGCGAAACGGGCGACGGCGGGGAAUCGUAUGAAGUCCAUGCUCGCGAACGAGGAGCCCGCCGCCGAAGACUCCGAUCUCGAACUGCUCUUUGCCGAAGACGAGGACGAUGCCGGGUUCAGCGACGAGGCCCAGGAUGACGCGUCUGACGUGUUGAUGGAUUCGUCUUUUGACGAGGAGGAUAAGGAAGAAAAUGCUGACGAAAUGGAAGGGGAGAAAGAACUAGAGCGGCAGGCCCGGGAGAAACGAACAGCCGAGCGGAAACGGAAAGCCCAGGAAGCCAUACCCGCCAAGUUUAGGAAGAAGAGCGCCGGAAUGAUCAAGAUAAGCAAGCAGCAGCUGCACCAGAAGAUGGUGUCAGAUGAGAUCAGGAGGAGGAAACAGGUGGAGCGGAUGGAGAAGAAGGCCAAGCAGCUCGAAGCAGAGAAGAAGCCCCCGAUGACUCAGGCAGAACGCCUCGCUGAGGCUGCUAUCACCGAGAAGCAGAACUCCAAGAGCCUUAAUCGGUGGGAGGAGGCCGAGAAGCAGAGGGAGGAGGAGCGGUUGAGGAAGAUUGCAGCCUUGCACAGCCGCAAACUCGACGGGCCCGUGGUUACGUUCUGGAGUGGUAUCCAGGAGCUACAAGAGGGCCAGGACAAGCAUGUUGGCAACUUGGUGUCGAUGGAGGAGAAAGCGCCGCGGAAGAAGAGGGUUUCGGUCGCGGCAGCUCUCGCGGCGAAAGAAGCCGAGGCAUCGAAGCCCACCACCCCCGUGGAGAAGUCGGAGCAGAAGUCGGGGGAGGGGGAUAAGGCGCUCGAGACGCCAGGCGUUAAAACAGAACAGCCCGACACACCAACUUUACCGAGUGCACCACCUGGUCCGCCCGAGCCGCUGUCUGCUAAUCCCGCACAAGGGGCUCCGGCAACGGCGUCGCCGCCAACAUCAACACCAGCUCUAGCCAUAGAGCCGGAGUCAGCGCUCGCUCCGACGCCAACACCACCAGUUUCCGAAUCAGCGCCAGUUUCUAGACCAGCGCCAGCACCUGCACCUGUCCCAUCACCAGGACCUGUCUCUGCACUGGAACCGGUUCCUGCGGUAGCACCGGUUUCUGCAUCGUCACCAGCUUCAGUACCAGCACCUAUUUCUACAUCGAUGCCGGUUUCUGCGCCAACACCAGUUCCUAUAGCGCCAUCACCGACCGUAGCACCAGCGUCGGCACCAAUGGCCCCUCCUCCCAUUCCACCGCCACCCGAGAGCAAGCCGAGCUCGGGCGUCCUCGCAGCGCCCGUUCUUGCGCCUCCUGCGGGGCUCUCGCAUUCUUUCGGCGGACAGAUGCCCAUGCUAGGUUUCCCUGCCGGAGCCAAACCUUUUCUUGCGGCUCCGAAUACUACACAUACCCCCUCACCCUUGUCUAUGCCGCCAUCCACACCAACCGCUGCUGCCGCACCACAACAAACCACCCCUCCAACAGCAUCAACCCCAAAACCCAAGAUCACGAUCCCGGCUCCUCCACCACCUUCCACCCCUAUGACACCGCUGCAAACGCCACAAACAAAAUCAUGCCCACCGUCCGCAAGACCCCCUGAUACGCCACAAGAACCAUCCGCCCCCGCUUCUGACCCUGUCCGCGAAGGAAAGGUGACGCGUAGCUGCAUUAUCCUGCAGAACUUUGACAACCUCGCGAUCAAAGACAAGCAGGUGCAGACGCAGAUUUUGUUCGGGAGGAAGAUGAAUAGACUAGGCAAACCCGCGCCGCCACCGCUUUGCGUCAUUACGAAUCAUCCUGCCAAGUACAGGGAUCCGAAGACGGGCCUACCGUACUACAACGACUACGCCUACCGCGAGAUCCAGCGUGUGUACCGCGGUGAUUACAAGUGGAGCCGCCUUGUUGGGGCUUGGGUUGGUAGGGGAGACUAUGCGGCCCGUGGAGUGCCGGACUGGUUCUUAGACCCGUCCAAGGAGGUGAAAUCUGCUGAGCCAGCUUCGGCUCCCGCGAACGAGGCCGUUGAUACGAAAGUCGAGGAAAAGGACAAGGCCGGGGAGGAGGAGCCAAGGCUGGAGCCAAUUGAUGGGGCACAGGCCCCCGAAACGGCUGCACCAACUGCCCCUCAAGCUGUUAGCACGUAG